AUGAAGCGACGCAUCUGUCACAAAACCGGCCCGACCCGACCCGACCCAUUCCGUUCCAUUCCGUUCCGUUCCGUUCGUCGGUUCAUCGGCAGAGUUCGGUGGCACGGCGACGGUCGUGCCUCGUUGGUCGGUCGAUAUUUAAGGAGCGCCGCUGUCGCCGUUACUUGCCUGAGGCACUUCUUUCUCGCGACCCUCAUCGAUCAUUGCCUACAAGCGCCCGUCCGUGGUCCUCUUCCUCACCAGUACCUAGCGAUGACAGCGUCGCCGUCGCCGUUCGACUCCAAGGUUGAAUUUAUUGCAAUAAGGCGCAGCAGCAACAGCAGCAUCAGACGACAGGCGAGCCGUGUCGUUUGA